AAGCUGGCCACUGGAUCGAUGUGCGUGCUGACGUGGCCAAUCAUUUGUUUCCGUUGAGCUACGAGUUUACCGAGUCAAAGAAUUAGUUUAGAGAGUCGUCUCUUCUGAGAAAUAGCAAACCUAUUCAUUAGUGGUGGCAUGCAUGUGCGCGCGCACGCAGCAAAAUGAAGCUAUCAGCGCGAGGAGCAAUGGCGUCCCGGCCGUGGUUAAUCCUCCUGCUCGGCCUCGCCGGCGUGCUUAAAGUCCCCGGCCAGCGCUCCCCCGAUAGCACCGGGUUCGUCAGCAUCGACUGCGGCCUGCCGCCGGAGCAAGGCGGCUACUUGGACGCGGCCACGAAGCUGCCAUACGUCCCGGACGGCGCCUUCACGGACGCCGGCGCCAACCACAACAUCUCCGCCGAGUACAUAACUCCGUCCUUAUCCAGGCGCUACCUCAACGUGCGCAGCUUCCCGAGCUCACCCCGGAGCUGCUACACGCUUCCCUCCACCGUGGCCCGGGGCUCCAAGUACCUUCUCCGGGCCACCUUCAUCUACGGCAACUACGACGGGCUCAACAAACCCCCCGUCUUCGACCUCCACCUCGGGGUCAACUUCUGGCAGACGGUCAACAUCACGAGCCCCGGCGCCGCGCAGAUCGCCGAGGUCGUGGCCAUUGUGCCCGACGAGUCCGUCCAGGUCUGCCUCGUCGACACCGGCUCCGGCACGCCCUUCAUCUCCGGGCUCGACCUCAGGCCCCUCAGGGACACGCUCUACCCGCAGGCAAACGCCACGCAGGCGCUCGUCCUCGUCGACCGGAACAACUUCGGCGUCAAUGGCUUGUCGUCCCUGAUCAGGUACCCGGAUGACCCGUAUGACCGUGUCUGGAUCCCGUGGAGCGACCCGGAUAAGUGGUCGGAGAUCGCGACGACGGAGAAGAUCCAGGACCUGGCUGACCCGCGGUUCCAGGCGCCGCAGGCCGUGAUGCAGACCGCCAUCGCGGCACGGAACGGGUCGGCAUCGCCCGGCACCAUCGAGCUCUGGUGGGACGUCGUGCCGAGCCGCGUCUACCCGGGGGUGCCCGGGUGCGUCAGCAUCUUCUACUUCGCGGAGCUCCAGGCGGUGUCCGGCGGCGCGCUGCGGCAGUUCGACAUGGCCAUCAACGGCACGCUCUGGAGCAAGGCGCCGUACACGCCGCGGCACCUCGCGUCGGACGGGUUCUUCAACGGCGAGCCGCACCGGGGCUUCACCCGGUUCAAUUUCACGCUCAAUGCCACGGCCAAGUCCACUCUGCCGCCCACCAUCAACGCCGCCGAGUUCUUCUCUGUCGUCUCCAUUGCCGACGUCGCCACGGACGCCAAGGAUGUUGCGGCCAUUGCUGCGAUCAAGGCUAAGUAUCAGGUGAAGAAGACGAACUGGGCGGGUGACCCGUGCUCUCCCAAGGCUCUUGCGUGGGAUGGGUUGAACUGCAGCUAUGCCAUUUCCAUGCCUCCGAGAAUCACAAGACUAAAUAUGUCAUUGGGUGGUCUGAGCGGCGAUAUGUCGUCUUACUUCGGCAACCUAAAAGUAAUCAAGUAUUUGGAUUUGUCGUACAACAAUUUAACAGGAUCAAUUCCUAAUGUCCUGUCAGAACUGCCCUUUCUCGUGAUGCUAGAUUUGACAGGUAACCAGCUUAAUGGAUCCAUUCCCUCCGGGCUUAUGAAAAGAAUCCAAGAUGGCUCCCUAACUCUCAGAUACGGCAAAAAUUCAAACCUUUGCAACAACGGUACCUCUUGCCAGCCCACCAAAAAGAAGAGCAGCUCUAUGCUUGCCGUCUACAUUGCUGUUCCAAUUGUUGCCGUUGUGGUGGCAGGAGCACUAGCAGCACUGCUUCUCAUAGCAAGGAAAAGGCAAGGAUCAGGGAAGGGCAGCGUGAAGCCACAGAACGAAGCGAGCGCGUCACAGAACGGCGACGGGCAGCACAGCCUGCUGCAGCUGGAGAACCGCCGGUUCACGUACAGGGAGCUGGAGGCCAUGACGAGCAACUUCCAGCGGGUGCUCGGCCGGGGAGGCUUCGGCUCCGUCUACGACGGCUUCUUGCCGGAUGGCACCCAGGUGGCAGUCAAGCUGCGGUCCCAGUCCUCCAGCCAAGGCGUCAGAGAGUUCCUGACGGAGGCUCAGACCUUGACGAAGAUUCACCACAAGAAUCUAGUGUCCAUGGUUGGUUACUGCAAGGACGGGGAGUGCAUGGCGCUUGUCUACGAGCACAUGUCCGAAGGAAACCUCGAAGACAAACUUAGAGGGAAAGAUCACAACGCUGGGUCUUUAACCUGGAGACAGAGGCUCCGUAUUGCACUGGAAUCCGCGAAAGGGCUUGAGUAUCUGCACAAAGCGUGCAGCCCUGCUUUCGUGCACCGGGACGUGAAGACAUCCAACAUCCUGCUGAAUGCGAAUCUCGAGGCCAAAGUUGCCGAUUUUGGCUUGCUCAAGGCUUUCAGUCAGGACGGUGAUACGCACGUAUCCACGGCGAGGCUGGUUGGCACGCACGGCUACCUUGCCCCUGAGUAUGCGGCAGCUCUGCAAUUGACGGUGAAGAGCGACGUGUAUAGCUUCGGCAUCGUACUAUUGGAGGUGAUCACGGGGCAGACGCCCAUCCUGCAAUGUCCAGAUCCGACCAACAUCAUCCAGUGGGCGCGGCAACGGCUUGCACGUGGCAACAUUGAAGACGUGGUGGACGUGCGCAUGCAAGGUGAAUAUGAUGUCAACGGCGUGUGGAAGGCCGCGGAUGUCGCGCUCAAGUGCACCGUGCAAGCUCCUACGCAACGCCCAACAAUGACUGAUGUGGUGAUGCAGCUGCAAGAGUGCCUUGAGCUAGAGGAGCAGCACCAUCUUUGAGGCGGAGCAUAGUUUUGGGAAGAGAUGUUGUGUGAAGAUUGAAGAAAGAUUAUGUUGUCCAUGUGGUAUAAAAUAUAUGAAAGGCUUAUAUUUUCCCUAAGAAAAUGUAAUGCUUAUAUAAUUUUCUCGAGCAUUUCAAAGUUACUAUACACACAUGAAAUGCAAAUGUUCAUGUAUUUUUUUUCCAAGGGAGCGAAUUGAAAGUAAAUAUUUACAAGUUUU